UUCUUGUCUCAAUUGUUUCUUCAGCGUAACCCAAGGGUUUUGGGGAGACCUUUUUGCUCCAUGGAGUCACACUGAGUUACCGAGUUAAGGUUCCCAACUCACCGAGUCACUCUCAACAUUAUCAAUUUAUCACCACAAUUUCUCUCUUUCUUUCUCCCAAUAAAUUAAGAAAACAAAAAAAGAAAAAGGAAAAGAAAAACUCUGCUGUGUUAGUGAAAAAAAAAAAAAAGAAACCUUGUUCCUCCAUUGCCUUUGAUUCAGCUCUUCCUUUUGGUUUAUUGUUUAUCAUCUUGUUUUCACAAUAAACAAAGAAGAUGAUGAAAAUUUUUGUAUUAGAAAAUUCUGAUAGUUAGCUUUCUGCUAUCUUUAAACUCUGAAGAUACACUUUUUUUUUUUAAAUUGGUUUAGCAAAUUCUUCAAAAAGUUGAAGGCUUUGUUUUUUCCCCCGUUAUGUCUCGGUUUUGUUAAAUGGACCAUCAAGUAUAAUUGAUUAACUUGCUGAACUGGUUUUGAUAUUUGAGGGAGAAAAAGAAGGACCUUGCAAAAUUUUUUACAGAAGCUGUUCUCCAAAGUUAUUGGUUUAUUCAUAUGAAUGAGCUUGUUCUCAGCUGGGUUAGAUUCAUUCAUGCCCCCAUUUUUGUUCUUGUUAUAUUGAUCAUUUCCUAAUAUAUAGUAGUAACUGCUGCAACUGAAAAGGAACCAUUUUUUGUUGACCUCAAAGUUUGCGGCUUUUUCCUUCAUUCUUUCACAUAUUGGCUUGAAAAGAGAGCUUAGCUUCAGAUUUGAAUUGCUGCUAUUUGGAGUUUGAAAAAUCAUGGCUUUGUCGUUGACCCGUUUCUCAUGGCCCUUGUGGAGUGGGAAGGAGAAGGAGCCAGUUUGUAAUAAUAGCACCACUGUGAAUUCACCAAUAUCUUCUUCUGAGAUGGUGAAGUUCCCUUUGGUGAGGGAGACAAAGAUGGCCCCACCAACAGCUCAGAGGGGGGUUAGAAGGAAAUGGCAAAGAAGGGAAGAGAGGAGGAGGAGGGUUGAUAGGGAUGAGUACGAGGAUAUUGUGUUGGUUCCAUCUGAUGGUUCUGACUCUGAUUAUGAUUAUGAUUCUGAUUGGUCCAUUGGGUGGUUGGAGCCACUUGGUUCUGAUUUUCAGAGUAGUGAUGUUGAUGAUGAUGACGAUGAUAGUUUUGCAGUCCUGGUUCCUUGCUAUAGACAUGGCUGCAAGGAGGUGGAAGAAGCUUCAAACAACGUGCUCUUGAGUGCCAUCCAGAACCUCCCUUAUGAGUUUUCUUCAACUGGGAAGAAUUACAUGGAACAAUGGCUGGCUUGUCUUCAGAAUUUUGAAGCGUAGGAAGAAACCAACCUCAUCUUCUAUGAUUCUCAACCCUAUUGGUAGCUAGAAAGAUAAUGAAGAUUACAAUAAAAAAGUGCUAGAGACGCUUGAAUGCCUAUUGCCUAGUCCCUUCAUUGUAGAUACCGUUUUCUAUUGUCUUAUUUAUAUGUACAGAUGAAUAUAAAAAGGUAGCAAAAAUAUGAUUAAAAAAAAUUUAUAUUAUUAAUUCAAUAUUAUUGUAUUGGUAAACUUUUUUUUCUUUA